AUGGAGCCGUUCCUGUUCCUGGCCGAGCUCCUGGAGUCAACCCCUACAUUGUCCUCCCGGGAAGGGGAACUAGACCUGGGUCUAGGCCUGGUGCUGCUCCGACCGUCACGAUCACCCUCACCUUUCGGCUCCCUCGCGUCGCUUCACGAAAAGGUUCCUUUUCUGCCCGACGAGGAAGAAGGAAAAGAGUCGUUUGAGUCAACUCAUGGGUUGCCUGAGAGGGAACCGCCAUCCCUGCCGCCCUCUCCGCCGUCCGAGCCGCCCCUUCCGUCCCAGCCUCCGCCUCCAUCGCUAGCGCGCGUGGUUACUCGAGCUCGUGAGGACGGAACCACGUCCUUAAAGAGUUCUAUAUUUAAUCUCUCGAACACGAUGAUUGGCGCGGGCAUGAUGGCAUUGCCUGCAGCUAUGAACGUCCUAGGAGUCGUGACCGGGAGUGCAGCGCUUAUCUUCGUGGCGUUAUUAACCUAUGGAUCCGUCAUGGCCAUGGUUCGCUGUACCGUCGCCGCUGCUGCUGCUUCUCCAUCCUCUUCUGAGGACCCUUCGCGGUUUCGGGAAUCUGACACGUCAAAUGACGCCGCGGGAGCAGCAGGAAGAGGCAGAGACGGCAAUCCCAGAGAGCUGGGAAGAAAAGCAAACGCUAGCAAUGGAGGGAAUUUCAGCGGUGUUGGCAGCCGCAGUUUCAGUAUGCGGGAUGAGGAGAAGCUGAGUUAUAACCACACUGUGGCUACGGCUCUGGGAAGCACGGGACGGCUGGUGCUGCAGUUGUCCAUUGUUGUCAACAACCUCGGCCUCAUGAUGGUGUUUCUUGAUAUUAUUGGAGCAUCAGAAAAGGUGUCGUUCGUUGUCGUCAACAACCUUGGUCUCAUGAUGGUGUUCCUUGAUAUCAUCGGGGAUGUGCUUGUAGGCAGCGCAACAGGACCUGGCGUUCUGCCACUGGAUCAGCUGCACUUGUCCCCAGACGUGGCCAGAAAGUCUAUCCUCUCUAUAGUCAUUCUCCUUAUUCUGCCUCUCUGCCUACAAGACAGACUCGGGUCCAUGAAGGUCGCGAGCAAGAUAUCAGUGGCCCUGGCAAUUGCCUUCGUGCUGCUCGUGCUGCUGCUGUCUGGAGGGAAGAUUGCAGCUGGUGCUGCCACCAUGCCACCUCUCUUUGCCACGUCUGGCAAUGCCCUUGCCGUUUUCAGCGUCAUCAACGUCGUCACCAACGCCUUCAUAUGCCAUUUCAAUGUGACCCCGCUUUACAGGGAACUCAGGGACCGCUCUCUCCCCUGCAUGCGCAUGCGCUGCUCGGUCAUCAUCACCACCCUCGUCUACCUCCCAUGGCCAAAUAUCUAUACUGUACCUUUCCAUUCCAUCCCACCAGUGACCCCUAUUUACAGGGAGCUAAGGGACCGCUCCCUCCCCCGCAUGCGCACGGUCGUGCGCUGCUCGGUCAUCAUCACCACCCUCGUCUACCUCGCAGUCGGCAUUUUCGGCCUCGUGCUCUUCGGCUCUGAUGUACACACAGACGUGCUCUACGAUUUCGACACAAGCUUGGAUGUCGUUCCAGGAAUGAGCCCCGUGAUCGCGGCUCAUGCGGUUGCGCUGGGGCAGGGGGUGAAGGUGGGGUAUGCGAUUUCCAGAGUGCUUUCGCUGCCUCUGGCACUGUUUCAGCUGCGGCUGGUUGUGGCGUCGCUGCUGUCGGCUUGUCUGGGAAGGAAAGGGAGAGGAGAGAGGGACGAGGGAAGAACCACAAGCAAUGGCAAAUCUGAAGCUGUAAAUGGGGAAGCUGGUUUCAGCAGCGGGCAGACAAAGGAGAGGACGAGGGUAAAUUCCCUGGAAUAUAUUCAAGUGGAUGGGAAUGAGGAUGGAGCGGAGGAGGUAGGAGAUGAGGAGGUGGGAGAAGAGAGGGACGGGGAGGAGACGGAGGAGGACGAGGAGGAAGGGGAGGAAGGGGAAGAGGAAGAGGAGGACGAGGAAGCAAGGCUUGAAGAGCUUCGACGGGCAGAAGAAAAGGCAACAAAAAGGCGGCGUUUUUGGCGUCAAGUCCGUUUCGUACUCCUUACAGUGUUCCUCCUCGUUUUAGCCUUCUGUGGCGCGGUGCUGGUGCCGGAUAUCUGGAUAGUGUUCCAGUUUAUGGGCUGCACAUGCUGA